AUGGCGGAACCCGUGAAGAAGGACGCCCACGUCGUGGAGAUCCCGGUCACCGGCGACGGCGACGGCGACGGCGCGUUCCUCGGCAAGGCGGCGUCGGGGCAGCACCACCCGCUGGGCGAGAUCGCCGACAGCGGGGGCCACCUGCUGCUGCUCAAGCUGUGGCAGCGGGAGGAGUCGCGCCUCAACCGCCGCGCGUGCGCGCUCGAGGCGCUCAUGGACGCGGCGCGCCGGGACGCCUUCUACCUCUGCGCCGCCUUCCUCGCCCUCCACGGCCUCUCCCUCGCGCUCCUCUUCGCCGCCUCCGUCGCCGCGGGGACCCCCUCGCGCGCCUGCGGGAGGUGGUGGGCGCCCUCGUCCCUCUCGCUGGCCGCCUCCCUCGCGCUCGCCGCCGCCGUGCAGCUCCGGGUCUGCGCCUACUGGCGCGCCGCGAGGCGGCUGCGGCGGGAGCGCGGCGACGCCCGGGCCCUCGCGCGGUGCGUGCAGGAGCUGCGCCUCAAGGGCGCCUCCUUCGACCUCUCCAAGGAGCCGCAGUGCGGGGUGAUCAGGGCCAACUGCGCCAGCGUCGAGGGCGCCGGGGCGUGGGGGCCUCUCCAGUGGUGCUACCGGAACGUCGUCACCGCCUGCCUCCUCGCUGUCGCUGGCGCCGCCUUGCCCUUCGGCAAGCUCAUCCUCUGCGCGUAG